CCCCUACCCUCCCUUGAAGAGGUCAAUAACCUCGAGCCGUCUUCUUCUUCCACAUAUAUAUAUAGAGUUAGAGAUAGAGAAGGAGAGAUCAAUCUUCAGUGUAAAUGGAGAAACCAGCUAAAUCGAAGAAUAUGAUAUUGAAGUUUCUGCCAAAAGCAGCUUCUGUCAUCAACUUUCAGAACAGUACUCCUUUCAGUCCAGGAAGAGACCACAAGAGAUCAUCGGAUAGUACGAACAAGUUCAAACCCCAUGGCGCUGGGAGAGGAUUUUCCGGUCCGAUGAUAUCAAUGAUUCCAGUGGAGGCUCAUUGGAGAUCAAGCAGUGGGAACUUCGAUAGGCAAGAACCCACUUCUCCGAAGGUCUCAUGUAUGGGCCAAGUCAAGGACAAACACAAGAAAAGGAUUCCUAAAACUAAGCGCGCUUCGCCGCCGAAGGAGUCGAAGGAAUCGAAGCCUCGGGAGAUGAAGAAGCAACACUCGACGCUUCGGAGGAUCUUUCGGAGUUCAAAUUCGGGAAGAAAAUCUGAUGCUUCUUCUGAUGAUAAGCCUUCGCUGCCAGACCGAGCGCCUUCUUUGGGCCAGAUGAAGAGGUUUUCGAGCGGUCGCAAUGCCUUUUCGAACUUCGAUUGGACGGCUCCGGUUGCGCCGGUGGAUUCAGACCACCGGAGUUACUAUUCCGACGAAGAGAGAGGAGACUUUGAAGAAGAAGACGAAGAGUUUAUUAUUCCUUUCUCCGCACCCAUUCUGGUAGGUGGAGCAGUGGCGUUGGAGCCAAGGAAAGAGGUCAAUCUAUGGAAGAGAAGAACCUUGGUUCCACCGAGGCCUCUUCAAUUGAACACCAUUGUCAAAUAAAAAUUCACAUUAAUUUCCUACGUUUAUUUCUUUAUGUCUUUGAAAAAACAAGAAAGAUGAAUACUGUAAUCGGUGGAAUUCAUACAUGAAUAUUAAUUCUUGGAUUAAAAACACA